AUGGCUUCGCCAUCAAACUCAUCAUCCAAAAUCCUUGAGGGUGGGUGCCUAUGCGAAGCCGUCCGCUACAAGAUCUCCUUCCCCAAAGAUCACUCUCUUUCCAACGACACCCUAGGCUGUAUUUGCCAAUGCACCCAAUGUCGCAAACAAACAGGAAGCUUCUUUCUCGCCACUUUGACAGUCCCCGUCUCCGCCAUCGAGUGGCAGGGCACCUCAGAGGACAAGAUCAAAAGAUAUCGCAAGUCGGAAAACAUCGCGCGGGGCUUCUGCGGCGACUGCGGCUCCUUUUUGUUCUGGCAUCCCGACGGGCAAGAUAUCAGCAUCGCCACUGGAAGUCUGGACCCUUUGUAUCUUUUCGGCGAAGGAGUCGAGGGCAAGAGUGAAAUUUCCCCGGAUGGGUUUGCAAAGGAGAUCUUCAGUGGGCGUUUCAACGUCGAGUUUUGUGAGAGUGAGAUCAAGGGCGUCACGGAUGGUAUGCCGAUUCUUCACAAGGGAAAGCGAUGUCAAGGCGAUAGCUCCAAAUCUUGA